CUAAAGGUCGAAUCAAAGAGACAAUUCACGUGAAAUUCUACCUGUCGUAGUGAUAACACCGACCUGGGAGCUACUAGUUAAAAACCGGUGCAGUGUAUUGAAAACAUGAAGUUAAUACUACCAAACCUCUUUAAAGAAAUAGCAUCACUCCUGUACUGGACUAUGCUGGCGGCCUGUACAGUAGGCCCGGGUACAGUUGUAACCUGUGCAAGAGCAGGAGCAGAGUACGGUAUGAGUAUGAUCUGGGCUCUUGUAUUCGCUUCUAUCCUUGCAUAUAUUCUACAAGAAGGAACUGCAAGGCUAAGUAUUGUCUCUGGAAAAUCGCUUGGUCAAUGUUUAAGAAUGAAGUACAGACACGGUUGGAAGAUAUAUGAAACAGCGAUCAUCUGUUGGUUGGUUGGACUAGGUGUAUUUUUUGGGAACACCCUUUACGAGUGCAACAAUUGGGCCGGAGGGAUCGCAGCGAUCCUUUCCAUUCCUGGCGCUGAGGAUUCUGUGGCGAUCCGGGUAGGAUGCAGUUUCGCUUAUGCCGCGAUCGUUCUGGCUCUUCUGUACUGGGAUAAAGUGGAUAUGCUGGGAAUCUUUCUUGGUAUUGUUAUGAUGGCAAUGGCAAUCCUCUUCCUUGUAGUGGUCGCAGAGAUGGAUAUCAACCUUACAGAGUAAGAUCGUACUUCAGUUCAGACUACAUUUUUCAUAUAUCUACAUAUUAUACAUAUUUUAUGCAAAUUUAUAAUCGCCCCGGCUCCGGUCCCAUGUAAAUAUGUUCAAUGUCCUUUGUUUUCUCGACGUAUCGGAAGAAAUUAGUAUUCACGUGAUCUUAUAGAUGUAUACAAUACAAUACAGUUAAAACCUAACUCAGGUGCAUAAAAUAGUUAAUUGUAAAGUACGGAAUGUUAUUCCUUUAACAAUAAUUUAAGCCUUCAAUAUACCUAGAUCUCUAUGCAUUUCGCCAACUUUUAGUAUUCUGUUGACGUAUUAUACUUUAACGUCAGCAUUCUUCUAAACCUUAAAUGUAGGCUUCAAAAA